AUGUCCACUACCGCACCUGCAUCCUCCCAGCGCCCUGGCUUCGUCGCUAUAAGUACUGCAACCGGAAGAUCCAUGGACUAUACCGAUUUUGCAUUUCGGACGCUUCAUCCUCCAGACGUCCUCAUCCAAAUUGAAGAAGACUUAGACAACGAAGACGACCCGCACUACCAUCCAACGUACAUCGAUCUGGCUACAUCCAUCUAUGACAAGGCAGUGGCCAUCGAUUCGAUGUUUGAUCAACAAAACGUUCAUUUCUCUGCUCAGGAUGAUGAUUGGGAAAGCCAUUGGCGAAAGCGUGUUGGGACCCCUCUGACGAGAUUUCGGGACCAAUGGCUCUCGCUUCGAGAGAUCCCCCCGAGCGGGGUCCAGUCUCACGGCUCAGACCCUCUUGCAGCUGGCAGAAGGACCGGUUCCUUGAAGAAGGACCUGACUCGACUGGGCAAAACAUACUUCAAUUCGCAUCCCGGACCUGACAAUCUGGCAUCCAACAUUGCACUCCACGGUGACCUAAACUCUGUGUUUAACAAGUAUAUUGAAAAAAGGGAACACACAGAUGAUGAGCUUAUGGUUCUGUUUAACAAGGUCAUCUGGCGACUGAAUCUUAUGGCCGAUGCUGAUGAAUAUAUCCUUGCAAUGGGCCUGAAGUUUGCGAAAUGUAGCGAAUAUAUUCUGCCGAUUAAUAGACACAUGCAUUCCGACAAAGACAAGCUCCAAAAGAGGGCGGAAGAAAAUAAAGCGACUCAGCUACUGCCUAGUAUUCAAGCGUACAAGGUUGUAAAUGACGAUGUCAUCAGAUCGAAACUGGUGACUUGUUUUCGGGCCCUCAGGGGCGUUGGUCACAAGCUACAUGUUAAGGCACACGCCAUUAAACACAAGAUGUCUGAUGCGGCGACCGCCAGUGUGGAAGACAUCCCGACUUUCUAA